AUGGCGGGAGCAUUCGAUUUCGACCUGGAGAAGAACCCUCCAGUAGUUCAGUCAACUGCGGAUAACAGCAGUGACGGCGCUGUACCCGGCGAGACCUUUACCUACGGCGACUCCACGUACGCGAAGAUUCAGCGCCUUGCCGCAGAGCUCAACAUCGAGCAGCGCGGUAUUGAACGCGUUCCUGCUGCGGAGCAGACUGAUACUUCUGUCUUUAAUAUAGGCAGCAUGUGGCUGGCGGCCAACAUGGUCGUCAGUUCCUUUGCCAUCGGUGUUCUUGGGAAAUCUGUUUACAGCCUCGGUUUUGUCGACGCUAUUCUGACAGUUUUGUUCUUCAACCUUCUUGGCAUCAUGACCGUCUGCUUCUUCUCCUGUUUUGGCCCAUUUGGCCUGCGUCAGAUGGUGUUUUCAAGGCUAUGGUUCGGCUGGUAUGUCACCAAAGGAUUUGCUGUUCUCAAUAUUCUUGCAUGCUUGGGUUGGUCUGCUGCCAACGCCAUCGUAGGCGCUCAAAUGCUCCACGCAGUGAACUCCGAUGUACCUGGCUUCGCCGCGAUCUUGAUCAUUUCCAUUUGCACGCUUUUGGUCACAUUUGCGGGAUAUAAAGUGGUCCAUUUGUAUGAAUACUGGAGUUGGAUUCCCACUUUCAUCGUCUUCAUGAUCAUCCUGGGCACCUUUGCACAUUCGGGGGAUUUCCAAAACAUCCCUAUGGGAGUGGGAACAUCCGAGAUGGGCAGCGUCCUCUCCUUCGGCUCAGCUGUCUACGGCUUCGCUACGGGCUGGACUAGUUACGCAGCCGAUUACACUGUGUACCAGCCUGCCAAUCGCAGCAAGCGCAAGAUCUUCCUUUCGACCUGGCUAGGACUUAUCGUUCCUCUUCUUUUCGUUGAAAUGCUCGGUGUUGCCGUGAUGACUGCAACGGAUAUUAAAGGCAGCAAGUAUGAUGUGGGCUAUGCCACGUCCGGAAAUGGCGGCCUCAUUGCCGCAGUCCUCCAACCACUUGGGGGCUUUGGCGAUUUUUGCCUCGUGAUCCUAGCCCUCUCAAUCGUUGCAAACAACUGCCCGAAUUUCUACUCCGUGGCUCUCACAGUUCAAGUUCUUAGCCGCUACGCUCAACGCGUUCCUCGGUUUAUCUGGACACUUUUCGGCACUGGUGUCUCGAUAGCUAUCGCAAUCCCCGGUUACUCCCAUUUUGAAACGGUGUUGGAGAAUUUUAUGAACUUCAUCGCGUACUGGCUGGCCAUUUACUCUGCGAUCGCAAUCAUGGACCAUUUUGUCUUUAAACGCGGCUUCUCCGGCUAUGUCGUUGAGAACUUCGAUAAGCGUGAAAAGCUUCCAGUGGGUAUCGCUGCUACCAUUGCAUUUGGGUUCGGUGUUGCUGGUAUGAUCACUGGGAUGAGCCAACCCUGGUAUGUGGGCCCUAUCGCGAGGCACGCAGCCGGCGGUGAUGUGGGAUUCGAGUUGGGCUUUGCAUUUGCGGCGUUUUCGUAUCUUUGUUUGAGGCCUUUUGAGAUCAAGUUUUUUGGCAGGUAA